AAUAAGAUUCAAAUUUAUUCGUAUGCGAGCAUGUGAGGAGGCGAGGUGUGGGGAUUUCAUUUUUUAAGCUUCAACUACCUCUUCAACUGUAAUAACUACCAAAUGUCCUCCUGUAACUGUCACCAGCUCCUCUCUCCUCUACCUUUGGCUCUUCCUUCUUCACACUCUCCUCCUUCCCUCCAAACUCAACCGCCACCUUCAAUUCAGAAACCCACCGCUUCUCCACUCACCUCCAAAACCCCUCCAAAACCCACAUCCCCAUCGCGCUCCACCGCCUCAUGGGUCGACGCCCUUCGCUCCAGAACGCGAUCAAAUGAUUUCCGUGAAGCCAUUUCCACUUACAUCGAAAUGACGGUGUCGGGUGCUCGACCCGACAACUUCGCUUUCCCGGCGGUUUUGAAGGCGGUGUCGGGCCUCCAGGACUUGAAAACCGGGGAACAGAUUCAUGCGGCUGCUGUGAAAUUUGGGUAUGGAUUGUCUUCGGUGACUGUGGCGAAUACACUUGUUAAUAUGUAUGGGAAGUGCGGUGGGAUUGGGGAUGUGUGCAAGGUGUUUGACAGAAUUACUGACAGAGAUCAAGUGUCAUGGAACUCUUUUAUUGCCGCAUUGUGUCGAUUUGAGAAGUGGGAGCAGGCGUUGGAGGCGUUUCGGGCGAUGCAAAUGGAGAAUAUGGAGCUCAGCUCGUUUACUCUGGUGAGUGUGGCGCUUGCGUGUUCAAAUUUGGGUGUAAUGCAUGGUUUGCGACUUGGAAAACAGCUUCAUGGGUAUAGUUUGAGGGUGGGUGAUCAGAAAACGUUUACAAAUAAUGCAUUGAUGGCAAUGUAUGCGAAAUUGGGAAGAGUUGAUGACUCAAAAGCUUUGUUUGAAUCAUUCGUGGACCGUGAUAUGGUCUCGUGGAACACCAUGAUAAGCUCAUUCUCGCAAAGUGAUCGAUUUUCUGAGGCGUUGGCCUUCUUCCGCCUCAUGGUUCUUGAAGGGGUUGAGCUUGAUGGGGUUACAAUUGCGAGUGUUCUUCCUGCCUGUUCCCAUUUGGAGAGGUUGGAUGUUGGAAAGGAAAUUCAUGCGUAUGUCUUGAGAAACAAUGAUUUGAUUGAAAAUUCUUUUGUGGGUAGCGCACUAGUCGACAUGUACUGCAAUUGCCGUCAGGUUGAGAGUGGCCGGAGGGUUUUUGACCAUAUCUUAGGACGGCGAAUUGAGCUUUGGAAUGCCAUGAUUUCAGGUUAUGCUCGAAAUGGGCUUGAUGAGAAGGCCUUGAUUCUCUUCAUUGAGAUGAUAAAGGUAGCUGGGCUUCUCCCGAACACCACCACAAUGGCAAGUGUUAUGCCAGCUUGUGUACACUGUGAAGCAUUCUCUAACAAAGAAAGCAUCCAUGGGUAUGCGGUAAAGUUGGGUUUCAAGGAGGACCGGUAUGUCCAGAAUGCACUCAUGGACAUGUACUCAAGGAUGGGGAAGAUGGACAUUUCAGAGACUAUAUUUGACAGCAUGGAGGUUAGGGAUAGAGUGUCUUGGAACACCAUGAUCACAGGUUACGUUCUUUCUGGCCGCUAUAGCAAUGCACUUGUUCUGCUACAUGAGAUGCAGAGAAUGGAAAACACAAAGGACGUGAAGAAGGAUGAUAACGACGAUGAGAAAGGAGGUCCUUAUAAACCAAAUGCAAUCACGCUAAUGACAGUCCUUCCUGGUUGUGCAGCCCUGGCAGCAAUAGCAAAGGGGAAAGAAAUUCAUGCCUAUGCCAUUAGAAACAUGCUGGCAUCAGACAUCACUGUGGGAAGCGCAUUAGUUGAUAUGUAUGCAAAAUGCGGCUGCUUGAACCUAUCUAGAAGGGUGUUCGAUGAAAUGCCCAACAAAAAUGUCAUCACAUGGAAUGUCCUCAUCAUGGCUUGUGGAAUGCAUGGAAAAGGGGAGGAAGCUUUGGAACUAUUCAAAAACAUGGUGGCAGAAGCAGGCAGGGGUGGGGAAGCAAAACCUAAUGAAGUAACAUUUAUUACGGUCUUCGCAGCAUGUAGUCACUCUGGGCUGAUAAGUGAAGGCCUAAACUUGUUCUAUAGAAUGAAACAUGAUCAUGGAGUAGAACCCACAUCAGAUCACUACGCUUGUGUUGUAGACUUGCUUGGUCGAGCAGGUCAACUGGAGGAAGCUUAUGAGCUUGUUAAUACCAUGCCUGCUGAGUUUGACAAAGUUGGUGCUUGGAGUAGCUUGCUUGGUGCCUGUCGAAUUCACCAGAAUGUGGAACUAGGGGAAGUUGCAGCCAAAAAUCUGCUUCAUCUAGAACCCAAUGUGGCUAGCCAUUAUGUUCUACUCUCUAAUAUCUACUCAUCUGCUGGGCUCUGGAACAAGGCCAUGGAAGUUCGGAAGAACAUGAGGCAAAUGGGAGUGAAAAAAGAACCUGGGUGCAGUUGGAUUGAGUUUAGAGAUGAAGUACAUAAGUUCAUGGCCGGGGAUGUAUCUCAUCCACAAAGUGAGCAACUCCAUGGGUUCCUGGAGACAUUGUCAGAGAAGAUGAGAAAGGAGGGGUACGUGCCUGACACUUCUUGUGUUCUUCACAAUGUUGAUGAAGAUGAGAAGGAAAAUCUACUAUGUGGGCAUAGUGAGAAACUGGCAAUAGCAUUUGGUAUCCUGAACACCCCUCCCGGCACUACCAUUCGAGUAGCUAAGAACCUUAGAGUUUGUAAUGACUGCCAUGUUGCUACAAAGUUUAUCUCAAAAAUCAUGGAGAGGGAGAUCAUUGUAAGGGAUGUUAGGAGGUUCCAUCAUUUCAAGGAGGGAACUUGUUCCUGUGGGGAUUAUUGGUGAGGAAGCAUUCGAACCCAGUUUUCAUUUCUGAUUCUUUUCAAGUCCAAAUACCUAAUACAACCGUAUAAUUCCAUGUGUCUCCAUAAGUUACCAUUGUUGUAUUAGAAAGAACUGAGAAGUAGCUCAGUGCAUAUUUAUUUCAUUGUCAAAUACUUUUUGUAACUUCUCAAUAAUCAAUACACCGAAAUUCUAGGAGGCAGUCUGCUUCCUUGUCCACA